GAUUAAUAAAUUAUAUAAUUUUGUUGCUCAAAGAUUUAUUUUUAAUGAACAUUCAAACUAUUCAUCAGCCAUCUAAUUUUGUGACUGUUUCUCAAAACAGAAUAAAUAAUCAUAAUAUUUACAAUUCAAGGAGAUAGGUGGUGUAAAAUUUAUCGCCUGUAUUAUAUAAAAACAUGUAAAUUCAACAAAACAAAGUUCUGAUUCCAACUUCAAUUAGAAGUACUUCUCCUUAAUAGAGUUAAACUAUUCUUAGGUAGAGUUAUUAGCUUUUAUAAUUGCCAAUUCAAUCAUUAAGGACAUCUAAACCAAUUAAUUAAUCUUUUACUCCUCCUAACCGAUAAUUUUUAACUGAUAGAGAACGAACAACUAAUUCUUUUCACCAAAAAAAUCAGAAAGUUUUAACAAAUGAUUAAAAAAAUCAUAAUUAUUAAUAAAUAAGUAUUUCUUUGUAAAACUCUCCAAAUGUAUCUAGAGUAAAUCGCACGAACUAGUAAUAUGCAGGGUAGUAGUCGAAUAUGCAAUCUCUAUUAAAAAUAUAAUAAACUUUUGAGCCUUUGCGCUAAAAUGAAUAAUUAACUAAACAAGAAACUAAAAUAAAUAACAACAACUCUUAUAAAAAAGAUUUUUCUAGCUUAUAGUCAUCAUAUAAUUAUAGGUCAACAUAAAUGACAGAAAGUGACUAAGAUAUUCUUAACAUAGUUAGCAAAUAUAUAGGAAACAAAACAAAUGUUAAUUACUAAAGUAUAAAAGGAAGCAACACAUAUAGUAAUUAAUAAUUAUAUGAUGAUCUUGAGCUAGCUUAUUCAUAACAUUAAUUUAAUCUUUCUUAAAAAAGUUAAUAAUAUUAUAGCUCAUCCCCUAAUUAGCUUGAUUAUUAAAUAAAUAAAAGCUGCUCUUACCCAGAAGAAAUGAAUUGUACUAGUUAAAGUAAACAUGAUAAAGAAUAAUAAUAAGUAGAAAAUCAUAGAUAAUAGAUUUCAUAAAUAAGUUAGAAUUAAGAUAUUUAGUCUCUUUCUUGCAAGGAUUAAAAUAGCAAUUAUAGUGUAAACAACUCUAUAGAAUCAUAAAAAGAAAUUAAUUAUGAACAGAUGGUAUUAAUAAAUACUGAACAUAAUAAAUAAUAACAAAUUGCAAUACAAGAAUAAAUAAAUUUGAUAAAACUAGAAAAAUAUUAAAUAAAUUCACAAAAUAUAAAUUAAAAAAAUGUAUCAUAAAGCAACUAAAUGCUUUAAUAACAAGAUAUCAAAGAAAAUGAUGAUAUUUAUUAGCAUAAUAUCCCAUCUUUGUAAUAAAACUAUUAGACGUAAUAAAAUAAUUAAAAGGUUCCUACUUAAAAUGAAAUUCAAAAAUAGAUUUUGUUAAAUUAAAAUGUAGAAUUCACUGAAUGCUCAGACAAUCAUCCUAAUAAUUAAAAUAGUUUCUUUAAAGAUGAUGAAUAAGAAAAAAUAGAAAGUGACGAUAGACUUAAUCUUGCAGUUUACGAAGAUGAUAAUUAAAUUUUUGAUAUUAUUUCUUCAGAUAAAUUAGAAGAAUCAAACAAACAGUAAAAUAAAAAUUAAUUUUUAGAAAACGAUGAUGAUAAAAACAAUAUAUUAUCUUCUUCACUAGAAAAAGUAUAAUUAAAAAGUAGUAAACUAAGUUAAAAUAAUGCUUAAAUCUUAGAUCCUAUCCAGGAAGAAGAUUUUUUAAGCAGAAGCUCGUUUGAUACUGCCACAAUUAAAAAAUAAUUGAGUGGAUCGUUUACUACUACUUAGAAUUUAAAUUAGAUUUCAGGAGAAAAUUUUAAUAAUUAAAUAAACGAAAAAAUAGAACUUUAAAACAGAGAUGUCCCUUUUGUAAUAGAAUAAGAAUUAAAAUAAUAGGUCAAUUAAAUAUUAAAUUAAAAUUUAAUCUAACCUAUAGAAUAACAAGAGUUGAAAAAUACAAAAAAUGAAGUUUUAGAUGAUGAUAUUCAGCUAUUUGAUUCUAAUUUAGAAGAGAUAGAUUGCAUAAUAUAAAAAGGUUGUGAAGAUAAUCUUUUUUCAUAAGAUUCUUAUGAAAAUUACUUAGAUAUUUAUAAUUCUGACACAAACAAUAAUAAAAAAGAAACAUAUUAAACUUAAAAAAACUUGGCCAAAUAGGAACAUCAAAGAAGUUAAUCUGAUGCAACAAAUUAUUCUUAGAACUUUUAAAGCAUAUCAUCUUUUGAUAAUGAAAGUCUUAGAAGAUCAAUAGGUAAUUUAGCUUCCUUUGGCCAUUCACCUUAGAUAUCUAUCUAAACAAACGAACAAACUUACCUUAACGGAAAUUCAGCAACAUUUAAUUAUGAAAACACUUAAAAUUCUGAACAGAGCCCAGAAGUUUAGUCAAAACAAAAACUAAGCUAGCUUAUAGCAGAAUCUGAAAAGUGUCAAAAAAUUGAAACUCCCUAAAUCUAGAAUUAAGAAACACCUACUUUAUAAUUCGAAAUCAAAGAAACUAAAUCUACUCAAAAAAAAUUAACUUUUUAAGAUGCAUUCGUAUUAAUAGCCUUAUUUCUUUUAGUGAUAUUAAUAGGAUGCAUUUUUAUCAUCUUUAUUUAAGAUAACUCUUUAGUUAAAUUUACCAAUUAUUAUAAUCAGGACAUUUAUGAAGGAUAACAGUAAUUUGAUCAAUUAUAAGUUUAUAAUUAUGAUUUUAUCAAUUUAGACUAUGAGUGUCAAUCAUUAAAUGCAUAUUAAUUUUUUCUAUAAAAUAGAUGAUUUUUUAUUUUUUAAAAAAACAACCAAAAAAUGAUAUAAUGAUUAAUAAGUAGAUUAAUAAUACUUGUUUGUUUAGCAAAUAACAUAAAAUUGGUUUAAUUUGCAAAGAAAUAAUAAUAAUUAGUCUAAUCAAUGUAUAGAGGUUUAAUAAAAUAUUUGUAUAGAAAAAGGUUUGUGUAAAUAAAUAAAUAAGUACAUGUUUUUGUUUAACUACUACUU